GAAGUUAAUCUUCUUCUUUUUCUUGUUUCUUUGGGAACGUUUCUUGCUAAAUGAGGUUAUAUUGAAUUAAAUACAUUUCAUAUACGGUGUUUAUUUUUAUUAAUAUUUUUUUUUAAAACGUUUAAUUUUUAUAAAAUGAAAGUUAAAGUUAUAAGCAGAAAUCCUGAUGACUACCUUCGAGAGACUAAAAAUGAUAUUCAUAAAGUUUUCAGAAAUUUUGACCCAUCCCUGCAUCCCUUCGAGGCGGCUAGAGAAUAUACCCGAGCUCUAAAUGCCGUAAAAUUAGAGAAAGUUUUUGCAAAACCAUUUUUGUGUAGUCUUGAAGGACAUAGGGACAGUGUGUCAUGCAUUAGCAAACAUCCGAAACGUUUAUCUUUAAUAACAAGUGGAUCUUAUGAUGGAGAAAUAAGAGUGUGGGAUAUUCCUCAAAAAUCAUGUUUAAGGAAUUUUGUUGCUCACAAUGGAAUUGUGAGAGGGGUUACUUAUUCUCCAAAUGGUCAGUUUUUCAUUUCUGUUGGGGAUGAUAAAACUAUUAAAAUAUGGAAAUCUUUAUCACCCCAGUUUGGGGAAGGGGAAGAACCAGUAAAUACAAUCCUGAGUAAGUCAGUUCUAAGUGGCAUAAGUCAUCACUAUAGCAAUAAAAUGUAUGCAACCUGUGGGGAUGUUGUGCAACUCUGGGAAGAAGGUCGCAAUGAACCAAUUCGUACUUACCAGUGGGGGGUUGAUAGCCUACAUGACAUUUGUUUUAACAAUAUAGAAACAGAUAUAUUUGCUACAUGUGCCAGUGAUAGGAGCAUUAUGCUUUAUGAUACAAGAGACAAUGCACCACUGAGAAAGGUGAUUAUGAAGUUAAGAACAAAUAAAAUAUCUUGGAAUCCUAUGGAAGCUUUCAUAUUUACUUGCGCAAGUGAAGAUUUUAAUUUAUAUACUUUUGACACCAGAAAUUUGAAGAAGCCAGUGAAUGUCCAUAUGGACCAUGUGGGUGCCGUUACCUAUGUAGAUUACGCUCCAACCGGUAAAGAAUUUGUUUCGGGAAGUUAUGACAAAUCCAUAAGGAUAUUCGAAGUUGACAAAGGUCAUUCUCGAGAAAUUUACCAUACUAAGAGAAUGCAGAGGUUGACAUGUGUUCACUGGACUUUUGACAAUAAAUAUAUUAUUAGUGGUUCUGAUGAAAUGAACAUUAGGAUAUGGAAAGCGAGGGCAUCAGAGAAAUUAGGGCCUUUAAAACCUAGGGAAAGAGCUGCACUUCAAUACAGCGAAGCUUUGAAACAAAAAUAUGCAAGUCAUCCUAUGAUUAAAAGGAUAAGUAGGCAUAGACAUGUACCGAGGCAUAUUUAUAAUGCUCAAAGUGAGAUGCGCACUAUUCGAGAGAAGCAGAAAAGGAAAGAAGGCAAUAGGAGGACUCAUUCAAGACCUGGAUCAGUUCCAUUUGUACCUGAAAGACAAAAACAUGUUAUUAAAGAAGUUCAAUGAUCCAUUUUCAAUAAAAUUUAUUUCUUUAA